GUGGUUGUUUGUUAGUUGAAGAUGGCCAAUAUUUUUUAUAAAUGGUGGUACCAUUUGUGCGUGAUUGUUGUGGUCGUUGGAUGUGAACUCAUAGAUAUGAAUUACGUUGAGGACAAUAUCAUAGAGGAUGUGAUAGUAACUCCUUGCUAUCUUGACAUGGGCUACAUAGACUUGGACAAGUAUGGUGUGGAUGACUCUUCCCGCACCACUCAGAUGGAUCCACACGACUACGUCCGUCUGAGGAGAACUUCACCUACUCCUACUGUAGCACCUUACCAGAGACCAAGAGGCAGACAGAAAGGAAAGAUUGGUAGACCUAGAAAGACAACUUUAUUCCCAGUGGUGACAAGAGUUGCAAGAGUCCUUAAGAAACGUAUAAAAUGGGAUGACAAUAUGAACAAGUUUGUAAUGCACUCCUACUAUUAUGUGACCAAAUUGGAAACAGAUAAAGAACAAUGGAGACCAAAACUCAGGCAGAAGUUUGUGGAGGUUUAUCCAGGUUUUGACUCUGUAACAGAGCAACGAUUGGCAGAUCAAAAGAGAGUAAUCAUACAAAACCUGUUGCUGGAUAGAAAGGUGUUGGUGGAGAUAAAACGAGCAGUUAGAAAGCAGCUAGAGAUGGAGGGAGUUACUGUGACCCCUGUGGCAGAGUUCAGGGACAAGAGUUUCUACAACUAACUCAAAUCUACACAUCACAAACCUGCCAUAUCACGACGUUAUGUUCAAAGUAUGAAACUCUAAAAUAUGUUGUGCAUUGAUAUCAAUAAUGAAAUCCAUCCUGGAUCUCAGGAUUUGUAUCCUUAAGAUAUAUCCCCAAUUACUUUCCCUCUCACUGAACUGUUUACAUGUAUCAGAUAUUUACAUUCUACCUAGAUAAUUACCAAUAUAGUAUUGUGUUGUGGUAUUUUCAAGAGUUAGUUGGAUUACAAUAUAUUUUUUAUUAAUCGCCUUAGUAUUUUAAUUAACACCAUGUAAGGCAAAAGAGCAAGGCCAUGGACCCUGGAAAAGAGAAACAAUCUUCAAAUAACAUUUCAAAGGGCAACAUUAAUAACAGAUGAUUAAAUUUGCAAGAAAU